AUGAGUAACGAGUACGCCUACCGCAAGAUUGACAUCGACGCGCUCGAAGAGGAGAUCCUCCUCCCCUCGGACCUGUAUGAGCCUGACCCGCGCGGGCCAGAUGGCGCGUACGCCGAGGCCCAGCAUCGGAGCCAGGAGUGCCGGAACUUGGUGUCCAAGGGUGACAUCGGGGGCGCAUUGUCGACGAUCCUCACGAACCCACCGUACGGCGAGGGGGUGGACCAGGCCAAGGAACUCACAACCCAGGCUGUCGUCCUGAUCCUCAACUCGACGCGGGCGGCUGACAUCCCCAACGCCAUCAAGGGGCUCGACCACGAGCAGCAGGCGUACCUCAUGGCAUAUCUAUACAAGAACAUGGCUGCGUUGGGCAACGGUGCCGACAUCCCGGGAUCUGUGCUCCUGACGUGGCACGAGAAGCUCGUCGAGGUCGCGGGCGUGGGCUGCAUCAACCGCGUCAUGGCCGACCGCCGCACGCUGUAG